AUCUAUUAGGGCCGUGGAAAGAAAAAUAUCUCUGCUCCUGAUUUCGCGUACUGCAAGCUAUUCUGUAAGGUCAAUUCAAAAUAGACAACCAGAAAUGGCCGCAAGCCGGACUGUGUUGCGUUCUGCGACAAUAUUCUUAACGGAGCCAUCGCGGCCCGUUCUCGUUGGCCGUGCUUCUUCCUCCUUCUCGCUCGGAACCAGGCGAACGUUCACUCACAGAUUGUAUUGCAUUUCGUGGAACACUAGGGCUCGAGGAUUUCUCUUUCCGAAACGAACUGUUCUGACUUGCUCCUACGAUGAAACUCAAUCGACGUCGUCGUCUAAUCAGGACGACCAGGGCCCUCCUCAGGAGGCUGUUUUGAAGGCAAUUUCAGAGGUAUCCAAGACAGAAGGGAGGGUUGGCCAUACUACAAAUAUGGUACUUGGAGGAACAGUGACUGAUGAUUCUUCCAAUGAGUGGAUCGCUUUGGAUCAAAAGGUGAACUCGUACCCGGGCGUUAGAGGUUUUACGGCAAUUGGAACUGGGGGAGAUGAUUUUGUGCAGUCUAUGGUUGUUGCUGUGGAGUCUGUCCUCCAAAAGCCAAUUCCUGAGGGCAAGGUGAGGCAUAAAUUAUCGGCAAAAGGGAAGUACGUCUCAGUAAACAUAGGACCAGUUCAAGUAAUUUCCAGUGAGCAGGUUCAAGCCGUGUACAACGCAAUGAAGAGAGAUGACCGUAUGAAAUACUUUCUAUAGAAUUAGGGUUCACUACUUGUACAACUCCAUGUAAUGUAAUCACUCUUAUCCUUUAGAAACCUUGAUUAUUCCACUUAAAAGCUCUCUAAUUUCACUUAAUUUUUUCUUAAUCUCUCUGACUUCCAUCUUAUACUUAAAAAUAUCCAAACCCAACUACCCUUUAUCGUGUUUAAUAUAUUACACCCUUAGUCGCUCCCCACUUUGCCUUGUUUGCUAGCCUGUUGUUGAUAAGCCUUCGUUUCAAAAUUUUGAAUAAAGCAUUUGGUUACCACAGCACCAGACAAA